AUGUUUAAGACAUUAGAGGAGUACGAAGAAGCAUCGCUUUUGUGGGAGCAGGGGAUCGCCUCUCACAAGCGAUACCUGAGCGCUCCUCGGCUGGUGGCAGAACUCACAGGCACCGCCCGACGAUAUGUCUUGGGAAAAAGGCAUGACUGGGUGUCCUACAAUGGGGGUGUGGUCAAGCUCAUGGAGCAUCUGCGAAGUCGACUAGGACUUCCUCAACUACCUGAACUCACAGAAUACCUGACGCGUUACUUCAAACAAGGAAGACGCCGACGGGGAGAAACAAUGAACGACUACAUCACCCGAAAGACCGAGACAUACACCCGGGCUCAGCAGUCGCUUGGCCGAGUUUUGAAGGCCUAUGGACAGACCUCGAGCCGAUGGUCUGGAGCCUCUUCACGAGUGACAUCGAGGCCUGACCUCCAGUGGCAGAGAUCUACUACCUCGGCUACGCCCUCAGUGCUCGAAGAAGAAGAAGUCGGAGAGAAUGAGGAGAGCCAGAACGCCGUGGAGCCUGAGGAAGAUGACCCUUGGGCUCGCUCCUCACAGAGCCGUGACACCCACCAAGGUUGGCAGUCCAGCUCUGGUGCAUGGGAUCAAUGGUGGGGAUACGAUGCCUGGAGUCAGACAGCCUGGCACUCUGAUGACGCUGACUGGAGGACCGAAGCUCCAGAGAUCUUGCCCGACAUGAUCCAAGGCUGGUACCUCUUGGGGGACUCAGGCCUGGACACUGGCGAGCGCAACAUGAUCCUCGCAGCCAUCAAGCAGGACUUCAGCUUUGACCGGGUGGCUCAGGAACUUCGCAAUCAAUGGCCAGAUGAUGAUCUUCGUCGACGAGAUCAGAACAACCGCCAGAGUGGCUGGUGGAUGGAUGAAGCUGACUCUGGUGAAGAUGACAAUGCGUUCAUCGCCAUGGAUGACCUCAAUGAGGAAGGACAAGCUCUGGUUGUUGCUGCCCAAGAAGAAGUUGAUCGUGCCCUGCUGGCGAUGCAAAAUGGCCGCAGAACCCUCCGAGAAGCUCGUGAGAAACAACACCAAGUGCGCAUGUCCAGGAAAUACUACAAGACUACGUUCCGGUCUGGCCCAAAGGGCUCAGGCAAAGGACAUGAUCACAAGGGUACAGGCACCUGCCUGCGAUGUGGUGGCGAUCACCGGACAGCCAAUUGUCCAAAGGCAACCUCGACAGCCGCCACAGCAUCUGAGGAGCACACUGCUCCUUUUGUGUGUUUCGCCGAGGACGACCUUCCAGAGUCUGCCCAGGGCAACUUGGUUGAGAAUGCCUCCACCUGCAGUGUAUACGCAGCAGCACCUCCCUCAACGGAAGAUGUGGUGAGUCAAGGUAAGGCAGUGCUGGAUGGAGGUGCUACUCGCACCAUCGGCUCAGUUCGAGCCUUGGAGCGCCUCAUGGAGCUCAACUACGAGCGCAAUGGAUCCAAUGGAUUGAAGAGCCUGAACCUGGAUGAGAGACCCACCUUUGGUUUUGGCAAUUCCACCCGCAAUCAGUGCGUGUCGACUGCCGCCUUCAAGAUCGAAGCUGAUGGUCGUGAGGGUCACCUACAGAUCCAUGCGCUCGACAGUGGCGAAGGACCUGUCCUCUUCAGCAUUGCCUCUCUGAGAGCCUUAGGAGCCGUGAUAGAUUUUGCUGAAGAUCUGGUGUGUUUCAGGUCUCUGAAUGACAAAAAGGUCAUCCAGUUGGAAAGAUCUUGCACGGGUCACCAGCUUCUCCCUUUGACACAGGACUGGUACGAGGACUCAAAGACCUCUGACCGGUCAAUCCCUAGCCUGCGUGAAUAUAUCUAG